GAAAAGUGCGGCUUGGCUUUCGCUUCCUCUCGGCAGCUCCCUGGCUGAGGUGGCCUUGCAGCUCGACGGGUGGUUAUGGCCCCAGCUGCCCCACGUAGAAACCCAGCGCUGCACAUGAUUUGCACUAGGGAAGGAGCGGGGCCCGGUUCCGGAGAACGUUGCUGAGAAGUGCCCCCUGGCGCCGGAAGACGUGGAGCCCAGCAGCGGGGUGUACUCCUGCUUCAUGAAGUCCCAUCGCUGCUACGACCUGAUCCCCACCAGCUCCAAGCUGGUCGUCUUCGACACCUCCCUGCAGGUGAAGAAAGCCUUCUUCGCGCUGGUCACCAACGGCGUGCGGGCCGCCCCGCUCUGGGACAGCAAGAAGCAAAGCUUUGUGGGGAUGCUGACCAUCACCGACUUUAUCAACAUCCUCCAUCGCUACUACAAGUCGGCCAUGGUUCAAAUCUACGAGCUGGAGGAGCAUAAAAUUGAAACGUGGCGAGAGGUGUAUCUGCAAGACUCCUUCAAACCGCUGGUCUGCAUCUCCCCCAAUGCCAGCCUCUUCGACGCCGUCUCCUCGCUGAUCCAGAACAAGAUCCACCGGCUGCCCGUCAUCGACCCGGACUCGGGGAACACCCUCUACAUCCUCACGCACAAACGCAUCCUCAAGUUCCUCAAGCUGUUUAUAACGGAAGUCCCGAAGCCGGAAUUCAUGGCCAAAACCUUGGAGCAGCUGAAGAUUGGCACCUAUGCCAACAUCGCCUUGGUGCGCCCCAACACGCCGCUCUACGUGGCAUUGGGCAUCUUCGUGCAGCACCGCGUCUCCGCCCUGCCCGUGGUGGACGAGUCAGGUCGGGUCGUGGACAUUUACUCCAAGUUUGACGUCAUUAACCUGGCAGCCGAGAAGACGUACAACAACCUGGACGUGACGGUGACGCAGGCGUUGCAGCAUCGCUCGCACUACUUCGAGGGGGUGCUGAAGUGCUACAAACAUGAAACCCUGGAGACCAUCAUCAACCGCCUGGUGGAGGCCGAGGUCCACAGGCUGGUGGUGGUGGAUGAGAACAAAGUGGUGAAGGGCAUCGUCUCCCUCUCUGACAUCCUGCAGGCGCUGGUGCUCCCGGGCGGGCCCUGGCCCUGAGGGGGGCGCCCCGCUGCCUGUCUGAGACUGUCGCCGAGGCGGGGCUCUGAGUGACAGGGACCAAGGAUACCAAGCCCCCCCGGCCACCCAUCACGCGCUGGCCCUGCCACUGCUCCACCAGCAUCACGCCGCCCGAGCCAGUUGCACUCCAGCCCAAA